UUGACGGGACGGACUCCCUCCGAAAGUUGAGACAUAAAUACGAAAAAACAAAGGUUCUGAUGCGGACCGCCACACAGAAAGUCAAGGCGACCCGUACUGAAGAUGAGCGGAAUAAGGAUUUUGAGGCCCUGCUAGUCAGCGAAAAUGAGCAACUUCUAUCAUGCGAAGAUACCGAGACGAGGUCGACCACCUGCGCAAACAACUUGCCAUAGUUAAUUCAUUCUUUGAUGAUGGACCCACCAAGGGAAAGGGAAAGCAGAGACCGAACCCUUUGCCGACUCCACCCCAAGACAUCUUCCAACUACCCGAAUACCAAAUGUUGAACAAUCAGCCAUCUUUACCCACGACCGCGGGCACUAGCCAUACCCAGCCUUAUCCUUCAGUAUCGUCGAAACUCUCGCAGGCGAUUCAGCAAGCGCAAAGUCAAUACGAUCCUGCUCUCGGAAGGCAGAACGUCAUUGUCGGUGGUGCUCAACCAGAAUCCCGUGUCACUAUCCCUCCGGAACAAGAGUGUCAUGAUGGGCCUUCUUUCCUAGGAGCGGGCAGGCUGAUCGGAUAUCUGCGAGGAGAUGAUGGUAGCUUCCAUCUUGGCCACUUCACGGAGCAAUCUCUUCCUCAAGCUGGACCCUCAAAGCACUCGAAUGCUUUACAGACCACUGCGUCGACGACGUCACUUUUGUCUACAAACUCCGGAGCAUCGUCUGAGGGGCGGCCUCAUCAACGCAGCAAUACCUUUCCUCGCGUCAGCUUCGACACCUCUGCUAACUCCUCCCAACGCAGUCCGGAAAAUCCUGUUUCGAAGACUCAAUCCAAUUCAUCAGUCACAGAUUCUCGAGCAGGGGGCCGUGGCAGUUCCCAGCAGAUUUCUGAAUCUACUGAGUCUCGUGCUAGAGCAAGGCCGCCUGAGCAGCCUCAAUCGUCCCAAAGUGGAUCGCAGCAGCGUAAUGCUAGGACAGGCGGAGCAACAACACGCAGGCGAAGUUUCAGCACCGGAAUACGAAUGCUUCUUCAAGACCAACCGCCUCCCUCGGCCUCAGACAACAUUUCUAUCGUGUCGUGGGGUACUUCAGCAAUUUCCGAUGGCAGCUCGUUGCGCAGCAUGAAUAUUCUAUCCUCCUUUGUUCCAGCUACUCCUGGUGCACCCGAGUCGUACGUCGUGCCUGUAGGAGACCCAAGCGCGUUCCUGCCUCUUCGAAAUCCAGCGCGCGAGGAAGAGGGUGGUGUUUUGUCGCCUUUAGAAGUUGAAUGGAUUCCUCAAACGAGGCCUGCCCCGCGCGGACGCCAUCGACGACUUUCUUCUGUCCCGAGUCUUCCUCCGGCUUCGCGAGCGACGGUCAGGCCCACGUCGGCGGAGGGCCUUGGUCGGAGGGGAUUGGUUGAUGAGACGGCAGAGGAAAACGAUAACGCGUUGGGUCUGGUGGAUUUAAGGAGGCGUGAGGACUCGCCGUUUAUUGCCCAGCCUACGCCGAUGGUGCCUGCAGCGCACUUUCUGAGGUCUUUCAGCCACCAUGCAGCGUAAAUUUUUCUCUUUUUCAUGUCCAGGACAUUCUCUGCAAGUCAUUUCUCGUGUUACCAUCGCUAUCACUCAAACACUAUCAUCGGGAACAUUCAGUCAGUCGCACAUCGCAUUGCUUUGUAUCUAUCGUUGUUUCCGCAUCAAAGGAAAAUAGUAAUACCCGCUCUAUCAUAUAUAUAAGUAGU